GCGAUUGUUUUACGUACAGGUAUUUAAACAAAUAAUGAUUCAGGUUUUUCAAAUUUGUUUAAACUCAUUUUUUCGAGUUGGACCUACAUAUUGAGGUAGGUAUGUAUGUGCCACUGAAUCUAUUACGUCAAUUUAGGUAAAACAAGUUGAAUCACUAGAGAAACAUAUUUGCACCGUUAUUACAAUGUGGGUCUUAGUACUGUUGUGCACCGCUGGGCUAUGAAUGUGAGUCGAGGACGUGUUAAUUGGAAGCGACCGUAUGACCCGUUACAGUUCCUCAAAUUCAUCCAUAGGGUAAACAGAUGCACCAGAUGUGUGUGUCAUACGUAGUGAUUAGCGUCCCUAUAAAACAUGAACAUUCGCUCCAACUCCGAUACAAAGGGAUUAGCCGUUGACACAGUCAAGCUCUCUUAAGAACAAGAACUUAUAACAAAAUAUCACCAUGUUCGCUUUCAAGUUAUUGUGUUUAGUACUGUUCGUAUCUUUCGUGUACGUUGAAUCUAAACCGUUAACCACACUAGAAGAGACGGAGCCUCUUGCAGAAAUCAAACAAAUAGCGCCUAUAGACGACGGAGAAAUGAUGGAAGGAGCAGAGUCUCAAAACCCGUUCCUACCGCGAUUUGCUAUGAAAAAGCUCCGGGAGCGCAGUGAUAAGGCUAACGCUCAGAGAAGAAUGUAUCAAGACUCGAGGAGGAGAUGGAACGCACCACAGAGGGUUCCGUGCCCAGACAGAUAUUAUUAUUAUUAAAUAAAAACGCAAUGAAGUUACUAAUAAGUUUAAUUUUAACGGCGGGAGUCGCCUCUGUGAUUGCAAAUCCAGUUACUCAAGAAGAAAGUAUAAUCAUAGCGAACGAACCACCUUUAACAGAGACAAGUGAAUCCGAAAUAAAGAUAGAAGAUGCGGUAGUGAACAAAAAUGAUGCGGAACCAACCAAGGUAGAAAUAAUUAGAGAAGAACAAUUAGUGCCCGAACCUAGUAUUGUCGAAGAAGCUCCUAAAUUCGACAACGGUGAAAUUGAUAUAGUGAUCGAAGAAAGUGUAACACCGUUGGAAGUUGUAUCUGACGAACAGAAUGAGGUCAAAAUUGACGAUGACAACUACUUGCAUCCAGGAGACCAGCUUAUUGACAAUAUUUUGGCUGAAAGAAUUAAAGAUGAAAUUAUGGAUACCGCCGAAGGAUUUGCACCACUUCCACUCCAGUUGAGGAAGAAGCACAGACAACCUGCGCGACGGCGAUUUGCCAUCCGACGACGUUACCCAGCGUACCCUUACCCAUACACGCCGUACCGAAGAAUUUCAUAUUACAAUCCCUACUACUAUUAUCGUCCUAGCUCUCUAAGAUUUUAUUAAUGUUAAGCUGUAUUCUUAGUAAUUAAUUUAUUUAUUGUAAAUUAUUUUUGUAUUGUGUGACAAAUAAAAGGAAACACA